GCUUCUGGCGCCAGUAAUUGUCACUUUUCCUUUGACCGUCGUGUGAAUUUGUGCGCAUAUUUCGCGGUGCUUAUUCGUGAAUAUAGUGAUGUUGCUUGUAAAAUAUGUCAAUUGAUUGUACACGAAAACAUCACGUCAUAUUUAAAUAAGUGUUAUAUAACAGUGAGUGCAUAUAUGAAAGAUGACUGAACCAAAACCAUCAGGAAUAAGACCACCAUCAAAAAUUGGUCGACCAUGUAGUAAUUUACCACCAAGACCAGCGGUUCCACCAUCACCUCCAAGACCAUCAAUGAACCAAAUGGAUCAUCUCUGGGAAACGCACGGCCGUCGAUUAAGCGAGGCUGGCCUGCGCAGAGGAUCAGAUAACAGCGUGGUCCUGACGGAGGACACGGACAGCUUCAUAAUAGGAGAUCGAGUAUGGGUCGGUGGCACGAAACCAGGCGCUAUUGCCUAUAUCGGCGAAACUAAAUUUGCCCCUGGAGAUUGGGCUGGCGUAGUGCUGGACGAACCCAUUGGCAAGAACGAUGGAUCUGUGGCUGGGUCUCGAUACUUCCAAUGCGAGCCAAAGCGAGGGAUCUUUUCUCGAUUGACCAGACUGACCAGAGAACCGUUAAUCGAUGUCACUGAAACGUCGCCAAUACAAAAGACACCUACGUCACCACCUGAGAGCCUCAGCAAAUCCAUGUCCCCGUCUCUGAACGCAUCAACGACGAGUAUAUCGUCCAUCGUGUCGCAGAAGGAUCUCAGGAUAGGUGACAGAGUAAUAGUAUCGUCCAGUCAAGGCAGCAAAACCGGUGUCCUGAGAUACGUCGGUACCACAGAAUUUGCACUCGGCGAAUGGUGCGGCGUGGAAUUGGAUGAGCCGAUUGGAAAGAACGACGGCUCCGUCAACGACAAGAGGUACUUCGAGUGUCGACCUAAAUACGGGCUGUUCGCACCCGCGCACAAGGUCAGCCGGUCGCCGUCCAGCAAAAGGUCAUCAUGCAUAGUGCACAAGCCAACCGGCGCCGCCCUGAACAUGUCCCUGAGGAAGACCGGUUCCAGAGAAUCAUUGGCCUCGGUGUCGAGCAUCAUCAGCACUACCCCGAGCACAGUGAGCAGGGCUAGUGUCAGCGCCACGAGGCGGCCUGGUUUGCGCACCUCGACACCUGCACGAAUCACCCUGCAGGAAACGUUAAAGGAGAAACAACAAGAAAUCGAGAUUCUGCGGAAAGAACGAGAUUUAGAACGUGAACGAAUUACAAAAGCCGCAAAUCAAGCAGAUCAAGCAGAACAGUCGCUUAUUUCAAUAACAAAAGAAUAUGAGCAGUAUCGAGAGAAAAUGCAGAAAACUGUUACUGAGGUGGAGGUUGCGUUUUCAAAAUUACUCGAGGAGAAAAAUGCACUUGCUCUGCAACUGGAGGAAGAGAAAAGGAAGUGCGAAGAUCUUCUGUUUCGUUUUGAAGAAGAGUCGGUUAACAAGGAUGAUAUUCAGAAAGAGAGAAGUGAGCAAUGUGUGAUAAAUACUGUAAAUGAAACUAAGAUCAAAGAUCUCGAGAAGCAAUUGCUGGAAGAAAGAGAACGUGUUGCUCAACUUGAACAUGAUAGCAUCAAAUUAUUCGAAACGGAAGAGGAAUUGGCACGUAUUCGCAAUGAAGCUUCUAAUGCUGCUACUCAAGAAAAACAUCAACUGGAAGACUUACAGAAUCGCAAUAAAAUUUUAGAAGAAAGUAGAAAUAAUCUUGAGAAUGAGGUGCAAGAGAAAAGAAUACUUAUGGAGCAAUACAUAACUCGAAUAGAAGAAUUGGAAUCAAAAUUGAAUGAAAAUCAGCAUGAAACUGCAGCUCAUAAAGAAUCAGAAACUAGUUUACGAACAGAAAUAGAACGUGCAACGAAAGAUUUGCAAAAAAAGAAUACGUUGAUAGAAGAUAUGAAAAAGGAAUUCGAACAGAGUACAAAUACUUUGAAAGAACAAUUACAAAAAGCUACAGAAACGAUAGAAAAUAUUAAAAAGGAAAGUACGAGCGAAAAGGAAUUGUUGAUGUCUAAGUAUGAAAAGAUAGUUGAAGAGAAAGAAAGUCUUCUGAAAGCAAAAACGCAAGAAUUAGAGCUACAAUCAAAGAAGCAAUUUGAAGUACAAAAUGUUGCGUUGGAGAAUCUUAAGACUGAGAAUAUGAAACAAAUUAAUAAACUUUCAGAGUCUUUCAAUGAACAAUUGAACAUGAAAGAUUCGAAAAUUAAAGAAGUUUCUAAUCAACUCGAUCAGAAAAUAUCUGAGACUGAAAAACUGAUGGCUGAAUUAUCUACGCAAAUAAACAUAAGUAAGAAGAAAGAUGAAGAAUUAUCCGCCGCCUUAAAACAACUCGAAGAGUUAAAUGAAAAGCUCAAAUUAAUGGAAGAAAGGAAUAGUUUGCUUUCUAAGCAAAUUCAGGAAUAUCAAACAGUGGCUGAAGAUAAUUUUAAAGUAGUUCAGGAAAAGCAGAAAUUGGAGCAUGAUAUCGCUUCUUUAAUUGCUACCGAGGCUAAUUCUUCAGCACAACUGAAAAAAUUAAGCGAAGAAUUAAAAGUAAAAGAAAAGGAAUUAUCAGAACUUCGUUCAACAACUGCAGCUGAAAUAGAAGAAUUAACUAAACGUUAUCAGGAUCAAAUUGAAGAGAAAGCAAAAUGUAUAGAAGAAGCAAAUGCUUAUAUAUCUCAAAAAUCUCUAUUACUCGAUAAAUUAGAAAAUGAUGUCCGAGAAUUGAAAUCGAUUCUUGCCAAUAAAGAUGAAGAAAUAAAAAAUCUCACACAAAAGACUUUAGAAUUGCAAAACGCACUAACUUUGUCAGAACAAGCUAAAACGAAUCUGGAGACUGAAUUCUGUGGACUUCAAAGUAAUAUAGAACAAUUAAACCAACAAAUUGCUGGUACAGAAAAUAAAUUAUCUCAAGUCACUUCCCAAAAGGAAAAAUUGGAAGCUGAUAUUACAAAUUUAAUAAGCACUUCUACUAAUUCAUCGGAGCAACUUAUGAAAUACAAUGAGGAUUUACGAGCGAAAGAAAAAGAACUUGCUGAAUUUAAAGAUAAAAUAUUCAAAAAUGAAACUAUCCUCAAAUUAUUAGAAUCAAAGUUGACUAACACAGAGGCAGAAUUAAAUAAAGCUAAUACACAAAUUCAAGAGCAACAUACAGAAUUAGAAAACAGAAAAUCUGAAUUAGAAAAGGAGAAGAAAUUAAACACGGAGUUAUCUGGUAAAAUAAAAGGAUUUGAAACAGAAAAUAUAGAACUUCAAAAACAAAUAAAAGAAAAUGAUCAUAUUAAAGAAGAACUUAAAGAAAAAACCCAGGAAUCAUUGAAUCUUUCAAGUGAAUUAAACAAUACUAAAGAAGAAAUCCUUAAUCUACAAUAUCAAUGUGAAGCUUUAAAAAAUUCACAUAAAGAAGAAAUAUCUUCUGUUGAGAAAAUGAUAAAUAAUUUAAAAACAGAACUAACUACUUCUCAAGAGGAAACAAAGGCUUUGCAAAAGAUAAAAUCCAAGUUAGAAGCAGAUCAAAGUGCUAAUCGUUGGUCAAUUGAAGAAUUGACAGAAAAGCUCGAAGCUGAAGCAACAAUUCGUACGAAAUUAGAGUCAUUAAUAACAGAAAAAAAUUCCAGUCUGAAAAAAUUACAAGAGAAAUAUGAAGACUUACAAAGAACGAACGAAACUUUGAUAACUAAUAAAGAAGCUACUGACAAGAAUCUUACAACAUCAUUAGAUAGUAUGUCCAAUGAAGUACAAGAAUUAAAAGAUAAAUUAGAUGUUACCAUGAAAACGAUUAAAAUCAAAGAAGAUGCUCUUACCCAAAUGAAAAAAGAAGCUAAAGAAACUGAAGCACAAAUUUUAAAACUCAAUAACACUGUUUCUUCUAUGCAAAAAGAACAAACAGAUAAAGUGAUCGAAAUGAAGAAAUUACAAGAGAUAUUAUCAGAAAAAGAAAAAGAAAUAUCUAACAAUACGAAAACAAAAAUUUCUUUAGAAAAUAAUCUCAAAUCUCUAGAAUUAAAAUUAGAGGAAAAUGUGAAAACUUUAGAAUCACAGUUAAAGACUGUACAAAAUGAAUUGGAUGUAAAAAAUGGUAUACUUCGAGAAUCAGAACAUAUUAUAAAAGAAUUAAAAAGCUCCAAAGAAGAAUCUGUAAUGAAAUUACAAAGUACUUUAGAAUGUGAAAUGAAAGCUAAGCAAACUGAACUUGAAUCUGCAAUGCAGAAAAAUACUGAAUUACAAAAACAGCAACAAUUACUUCAAGAUACUAUAGAGAAACAAAUUAAUGAUUUUAAUAAUAAAGAAAUAACGAUCAAUAAAUUAACAGCACAACUUAAAGCUUUAGAAGAUGCACAAAUGGAAAAAUUAAAUAAUGAACAGAUGCAAAAUAAGGAAGUCAAACUCAUUCAAAGUAAACUAAAUGAAGUGAUUAAAGAAAACAGAAAUUUACUUGAGAGUAAGGAAUCUUUUGAAAGAUUGCUCGCAGAACAAGAACAGAAAUCUGAAAUGUUGACAAAUACCAUAAAAAUGAAAGAAAAAGAAACUGAAAAAAAUAUUCAAAAUUUGAUAGAAAAAUUGAACAUUAUGUCCACGGAAUCCGCACAAUUAAAAGAAGCACAAAAUAAUUUGGAAAGAGAAAAUAAACAAAUUACUGCUAAAUUGGCGGAAGCAACAAAUCAAUUGAAACUAACUCGUGAAAACAUAAAGAAUAAUUACGACACAGUUGGAGAUGAUAUAAAACAUAUAGUUGAUAAAGAUAUUGACAUAUUAAAAUUAAAAGAGGAACAUGAAACAGCGAAGAGUCAAAUAGAUUUCUUAAACUCUGUAAUAGUGGACAUGCAACGUAAAAAUGAAGCUUUAUUAUGCAAAGUUGAAGUUCUUGAAAUGGGAGUGCCCGCCAACGAAGCUGAUGACUACACAAAAACCACAUUAGAAAAACGAAUGGCUGCGCCACGUAUGUUCUGUGAUAUUUGUGAUCAAUUCGAUUUGCACGAAACCGAGGAUUGUCCACGACAAGCUCAAGAUUUUCUAGAUACAGAAAAGGUUGUAAAACCUCCGAAAAAAACGCCAGUGGAAAGACCAUACUGCGAAAACUGUGAAAUGUUCGGACACGAUACUCGUGAUUGCGAUGAUGCUGAAACCUUUUAAUGGCGUGUUGUCAUUUGUUGACCUAUUGCUUCUCAAAGAUACAAAAGAAAAGACCUGUUAAGAUUUUUGCAGAGUAUAUUUUUAUAUGAAAGAAUUUAAAUGCUACAGUUAUGUGCAUGUCUUCCUGCAUAGGGAUAUGCGUGUCCAUCCAAAAUACAUCGAUAAUUCGAUGAUAAAUUUGUGCUCCUUGUGUUAAAUUCAUGAUUUUAAAGUUUAUAUAUGUUCAUCAAAAUGUUUUUGUGUGUAUAUCUGUUGUGCUUCCACAUCAUUGUUAAAGGUCAUAUAUCAAUUCUAUUACAAAAGUUAUGACUUAAGUUGUAGUACAUUGCUAAAUUAUAUUGUAGAAUGGGAGCUUAUUCUAUUUGCAUAAUGAACAGUUUAACGCGUACGAGACUUUGAAUGAAGUCAAAUGUAAUUAUGUACAUACUAGUUAUUUAUGUCAACUUCUAAAUGUAUUUAAUAAUUUAUUUAGUGUUUAAAAAUGUCAUACAUUUAAUAAUAGUUCCUUUAAUGAAUGAAUUCAAUGAAUGAGCCAUUAGGAUUAGUCCAAAGGAUUUCUUACACAAUUUCUCAAAACUUAUAUUGACAUGAUUGGUAGUACACUUUUUCUGAAAAAAUAUUCAUAUUUUCUGCAUAAUGAAAGUAAGUAUUUAUUGUUUUGCGUGUAUGUUUUGUUUUUGCUAUCAACCUUUGUACAAAAUUUGUUUCAGGAGAAUUGUACUACUAUAACUUACCUUCAUCUUGCCUUUUAACUGUAUGCUAUAAUACAGGGUUGAUAUCUUGUCUCGAAUUUGAAUCUUGUCUCAACUGUAUAUUUAAUAAAUUAGAACUAAGCUUUGUAGUUAAAAAUGAAUAAAAUUGUAAGAGACUGAUUUUAGUA